UUAAACUAGUUACCAACCUUCAAAAAACAUGAAGAAGGAGAAGUUCAAAGUUCACUGGGAAGUUACACUCGUGUGCUGCUGUGGCGUGUUGCCCUAACUCAACAUCAACAACAAAAAUAGAUUUAAACAUAUAUUUUUCGGAGGAGACAGUUCACGGAAUAAGUUGCAAUGUCCUCCUACACCUGCAUCAGCUGCCGAGUGGCCUUCGCAGACGGCGAGGUGCAGCGAGCGCACUACAAAACCGACUGGCACCGCUACAAUCUGAAGCGCAAGGUGGCCGACAUGCCGCCGGUGACCGCCGAGAACUUUCAGGAGCGCGUGCUGUCGCAACGGGCGGCCGACGAACAGCAGCUGAGCGACCUGGCGGCCACCGAGGGCUGCGCCGUCUGCAACAAGAAGUUCUCCAGCGCCAACGCCCACCAGAACCACAUGCAGUCCCACAAACACCAGCAGGCCGAGAAGCAGGCCCUGCUCGCCGCCCAGAGGAAAGUGGAGAAGAUGAACGAGAAGAACCUGGAGAAGGGACUCGGCGAUGAGAAGGCGGAUCGCGACGCCAGGAACGAGGCCCUGCAGCAGGUCCUGAAGGAGCAGCAGAGGCCGAGUCCAGCCCAGCAGGAGCAAGGAGCGACGAGGCAAAAGGUGGAGAAGAUGGAGAAACCCCCGAGGUUGAUGUGGCUGGAGGAGCAGGCCAAGAGGAGAGAGAAAGAAGAGGGAGCCACCGCCGUGGAAGAAGAGUGGGAGGAUGUCAACGAGGAGGAAGAUAAUGAUGAGUUGGGGGAGGAAGAGGAGGAGGAUGACGAAGAGGACGAAGAGGAGACGAUGGAUCAAGAGGAAGGAGACUCGGCGGCUGCGUCCGGCCCCAAACCUGCCGCUCUGCCGGGUUCCAUCCCCGUCACCGACUGCCUGUUCUGCUUCCACCACUCCAAGUCACUUGUGAAGAACAUCGGCCACAUGACCAAAGUCCACAGCUUCUUCAUCCCCGACGUGGAGUUCCUCAUCGACGUCGGAGGCCUCGUCCGCUACCUCGGAGAGAAAGUGGGAGCGGGAAACGUGUGUCUGUGGUGUAACGAGAAGGGACGCUCGUUCUACUCGGCAGAAGCCGUUCAGAGUCACAUGAUAGAUAAGAGUCACUGCAAGCUGUUCACAGACGGAGACGCUGCUCUGGAGUUUGCAGACUUCUACGACUUCAGGAGCAGCUACCCGGACAGGAAGGACGGAGAAGAAGCUGAGGUGGACGAAGAAGAUCUGUCUGAUGACAAGAACCUGGAGUACGAUGACGAGAUGCUGGAGCUCACUCUCCCUUCAGGCGCUACGAUCGGCCACCGCUCCCUCAUGAGGUACUACAAGCAGAGGUUCGGAGCCCAAAGAGUGGUGGUUAUGAUCCACAACAGGAACGCUGUGGGCCGGGUCCUCCGGCAGUACAGGGCUCUGGGCUGGGGAGGAGAAGGAG